CCAUUUCUCUUCUCUCCCUCUCUCUCUCACUCAAAAAUUAAGCUCACAAUCAUUCUAUGUUUAUUUCUUUAUAACGUCUCUUUCUGAUCCAAAACAAAAACAAAAAAAUUGCUAGCUUCUUCCCUUCUUUUUCAAUAUGACUGAUCAUAUAUUUCUCUGCUCUAUUGUUCUGAUAAUCGUUAUGAUCAUCCUCCCUGCUGCUUCAUCAAAGAGUGCUAUACCGUCUCCUGGUUACUAUCCAAGUUACAAAUUCAAGACCAUUGAUUUUUAUCAUGGAUAUAGAAAUCUAUGGGGUCCUCAACAUCAAAGAGUAGACAAAAAAUCUUUGACUAUUUGGCUUGACAGCAACACUGGAAGUGGGUUUAAGUCGAUUCAGCCGUUUCGAUCCGGGUACUUCAGUACUGCAAUCAAACUCCAACCUGGUUACACUGCAGGAGUCAUAACAUCCUUCUACCUUUCGAACAGUGAAGUUCAUCCGGGGCAUCACGACGAAGUUGAUAUCGAGUUUCUUGGAACAACACCGGGGAAACCGUACACGUUACAGACAAAUGUGUACAUUCAAGGAAGUGGGGAUGGGAAGAUUAUAGGAAGAGAAAUGAAGUUUCAUCUCUGGUUCGAUCCAACUGCAAAUUUCCAUAAUUAUGCCAUACUCUGGAGUCCCAAGGAGAUUAUAUUUUUCGUUGAUGACAUACCCAUUAGGAGCUACCGGAAGAAAAGUGCAUAUACAUUCCCCUUGAGGCCAAUGUGGGUAUAUGGAUCGAUAUGGGAUGCAUCCUCAUGGGCCACCGAAGAUGGUAAAUACAAAGCCAAUUAUCAGUAUCAGCCCUUCGUCGGAAGGUAUUCAAACUUCAAACUAAGUGGUUGCUCCGCCUAUGCACGACCCUCGUGCCGCCCUGUCUCCGCCUCUCCUUAUAGGUCCGGUGUGUUAAGCCGAAAACAGUUUUGGGCCAUGAGGUGGGCACAAAGGUACUACAUGGUUUAUAACUAUUGCAACGAUUAUAAAAGAGACCAUUCUCUUACACCUGAGUGUAGAGUUUGAUUUGUUUAGCCAUAAUUAAUUAAGUUUUGUACUCUCUUUAUAAUCUACUCAUCUUUCUAUUAAGUGGUUACUUUUCCAAGUGUAUGUAAACAGUAGUAAAAGAAGUGUAGUGCUGAGCAUCUAGUUUCCCCAAAGAGAAGACAGAGAAAUUCAAGAAACAAGGGCUGAACCGCUGAAUGCAUUCAGGUUUCUCAGCAAUAAUUGAGAUUUAUAUUUUGUUUUUGUUACUUAUUAUUCUAUGUUAUUAUCAUGUUUCCAAAUUUGAAUGAUAUCGAAAUUGAGUUCAUUUUUCA